CAUCCUCCAUGCUCUCAUCCUCCUCCCAUGGCGGAUUUGCAAAAACACCAAACCAUUGCCAUUGCUUCCUUCAAAAAUGGCUCCUCCACACCUCCAUUUCCUCCUCGUCUCUCACCCAUUAACGACAUGGGCUCUCCACGUUCAGCCAUGGCCGCCGUGAACAUACACUAAUCCGGCCGUCGCCUCCACCAGCUGCCGGUGGCGGCGCCGCCGGGCGCCGGUGUCAAGAUGCCGGAGAAGGGCACCGUGGUGAUGAGCCGGUACGAGCUCGGCCGCUCGCUGGGGCACGGCACGUUCUCCAAGGUGUACCAGGCCAGGAGCCUCGUGUCCGGCGAGACCGUCGCCGUGAAGGUGAUCGACAAGGAGAAGGCGCUGCGCGCCGGCGCCGGCAUGGUCGACCAGAUCGAGCGCGAGGUCGCCGUCAUGCGGCUCGUCGGCCGCCACCCCAACGUGGUCCGCCUCCACGAGGUGAUGGCCAGCAGGAGCAAGAUCUACUUCGUCAUGGAGCUCGUCCGCGGCGGCGAGCUCCUCGCCAGGCUGGUCGCCGGCGGCGGCCGCCUCGGGGAGGACGCGGCGAGGAGGUACUUCCACCAGCUCGUCGCCGCCGUCGACUUCUGCCACAGCCGCGGCGUCUACCACCGCGACCUCAAGCCGGAGAACCUCCUCGUCGACGACGACGGCAGCGGCGGCGGCGGCAACCUCAAGGUCACCGACUUCGGGCUCAGCGCGCUCAGCGCGUCGCGGCGGCACGACGGCCUCCUCCACACGACGUGCGGCACGCCGUCGUACGUCGCGCCGGAGAUCAUCGGCGACAAGGGCUACGACGGGGCCACCGCCGACGUCUGGUCCUGCGGCGUCAUCCUCUUCCUCCUCCUCGCCGGCUACCUCCCGUUCUUCGAUUCCAACCUCAUGGAGAUGUACAAGAAGAUCACCAAUGGCGAGUUCAAGGUCCCCGACUGGUUCACCCCCGACGCACGCAGCCUCAUCUCCAGACUCCUCGACCCAAACCCUACAACUCGCAUCACCAUCGACGAGCUCGUCAAGCAUCCAUGGUUCAAGAAGGGACACACCAAGCGGCCGGCAAGCUCGAACACCAUGAAACUCAACGAGGAGGAGAAACCAGCGAACGCCGCCAUGAACAUGAAGCCGGCGAGCUUGAACGCGUUCGACAUCAUCUCGCUCUCGCAGGGAUUCGACCUGUCAGGGAUGUUCUGCUGCCAUGGCCACAGCAGCAGGACGCAGGAUCAGCUGUUCGUCACCGGGAAGCCGGCGACGGCGAUCGUGUCGAGGCUGGAGGAGAUCGCGGAGACGGAGCACUUCACGGUGAAGAAGAAGCAGAAGAAGAGGCAAGAAGAGGACGGGAUGGCGGUGAAGCUGCAGGGGUGGAAGGAAGGGAGGAAAGGGCAGCUCGCCAUUGACGCCGAGAUCUUCGAGGUUUCGCCGUCGUGCUACGUCGUCGAGGUGAAGAAAACGGCCGGCGACACGCUGGAGUACCAGGCGUUCUGCAACAGAGACCUCAGGCCGUCGCUGAACGACAUCUGCUGGACCUCGCCGGCGACAGCAGCGUCGGAGAAGAACCAGCUGCCGGCAGUGUCGGAGGUGUCGCCACUGAGUAGUCCUCGGAAUUGAUGUGACAGAUUAUCUAGGUGCAGUGGCAGAUAUUGAUCAUCAGAUAUGUGCUGUUUCCCUUGUUGUUUCCUUUGCUUUGAAUUGUUGUUUUGAUUUUUUUUUUAUUCUUGUUUGUGUUUCAUAAUGAUCUUGGGGGUAGUGGUCUGGUAUUUCCAAGUUCAAGAUGAAUUUCAAUUAUUGUUUUUUUCUGUUCUUUUGUUGUGUGGUGGACUGGUGGUUUAGUGUUGAUUGUUGGACAUAGGUGAUAGAAUGUGUUCUCCUUUUGCUUAAAUUGCAUGGUCCAUUUGUAAGGUAAAUUAAUGGCAUCACACCACCAUAAUAUCCAA